GCUUUCCUGUAGUGUGUGUGUGCGUGUGCGUGCGUGAGUGUGUGUGUGUGAUGCCUGCCACCGCGGCGAAAAGUAAACCCACUAGACUAACUUGAACAAGUGUGCGGAGGGAACCAGAAAAUCGGCGGAGGUGGAGAAUGGCCUCAGGCAACAGCAGGGUCAGCACAGAAGAAGAGAAGUCUCUCCCUUCCUACACACACAGGCGCGCGCACGCCACACACAAACACUGCCCCCCCAACUUUGCCCAGGAUGGUGCGGAGCACCCAGACCCCAGGACUGGCCCUGGCACUGCUCCAGGGCUUCGCUGAACUGGCCCAAUCUCUACAGCCCGCCUCCCAGUGGCCGCCGAAACACCUGAAGCUGCGGAGGGCGAGGGUGGAAAAGAUCCCCCGAUACCCGCGCUUUGCUCCUCCGAUCGAUCGGGAAGAAGAAGCAGGAGGAGUUGUCUCCUCCUUGCUGCUGUUGCUGCUGCUGCUGAUCUGGCCAGGAAGUUGUCGUGGCAACGGGAGGCGGGGAGGAGAUGCACCGAGGGAUGGAGGUCUGUGUCACCGCUGCUGCUACUGCACCUCAGCCCCAUGCUCAGGGGCCUUGAAUCAAAGCCAGUGCCCAUUUCCCAGGAGAGACGACUAUUAUUUAGGUGGAUGAAUAAAGGGAGGCCGGUGGAUUUGUGUUUGAGCUCCCCCUGUCCUUCCCCUCGAUCUACCACCCAGGACACAGGCUAUCCAGGGCCCUGGUGCUGCCCAGGAGGAGUCCUCUGUGAGUGAUCCUGUCCCCAAGAUCCAGCUGCAUGGAACGGCUACAGAAGCAACCGCUCACCUCCCCCGGGAGCGUGAGCUCCUCCCGAGAUUCCAGUGUGCCUGGCUCUCCCUCCAGCAUUGUGGCCAAGAUGGAUAAUCAGGUGCUGGGCUACAAGGACCUGGCGGCCAUCCCCAAGGACAAGGCCAUCCUGGACAUUGAACGACCAGACUUGAUGAUCUAUGAACCACACUUCACAUACUCCCUCCUGGACCACGUGGAGCUGCCUCGAAGCAGAGAGCGCUCGUUGUCACCCAGAUCCACAUCUCCACCACCAUCCCCAGAGGUGGUAUGGCCAGAAAGCAGGUCACCAGGGACCAUGUCUCAGACCCCUGCGCCCAGGACUAGUGGGACCCCCCGGAGCAGCCUGCCUCAUUUCCAUCGACCUGAGACCGCUCGUGCAGAAUUUAACAUUUAUAAGAAACCUCCCAUCUACAAGCAGAGAGAAUCUGUGGGAACAAGUCCCCAGAGCAAGCACCCCAUUGAGGACCUCAUCAUUGAGUCAUCCAAGUUCCCAGCAGCCCAGCCCCCAGACCCCAACCAGCCAGCUAAGAUCGAAACUGACUACUGGCCAUGUCCACCAUCUCUGGCUGUUGUGGAGACAGAAUGGAGGAAGCGGAAGGCAUCUAGGAGAGGAGCAGAAGAGGAGGAGGAGGAGGAGGAAGACGAUGACUCAGGGGAAGACAUCAAGGCUCUAAGAGAGAGGCAGAGAGAGGAACUCAGUAAGGUCACCUCCAACUUGGGGAAGAUGAUCCUGAAGGAGGAGAUGGAAAAGUCCUUACCCAUUCGUAGGAAAACCCGCUCCCUGCCUGACCGAACACCCUUCCAUACUUCCUUGCAUGCAGGAACAUCCAAGUCUUCCUCACUGCCAGCCUAUGGCCGGACCACUCUCAGCCGGCUACAGUCCACAGAGUUCAGUCCAUCAGGGAGUGAAGCAGGAAGUCCAGGCCUUCAGAAUGGAGAGGGCCAGAGGGGGAGGAUGGACCGGGGAAACUCCCUGCCUUGUGUGCUGGAGCAGAAGCAGAUUUAUCCCUAUGAGAUGCUGGUGGUGACCAACAAGGGGCGUUCCAAGCUGCCUCCGGGUGUGGACAGGAUGAGGCUUGAGAGACAUCUAUCAGCAGAAGACUUCUCGAGGGUGUUUGCCAUGUCUCCUGAGGAAUUUGGCAAGCUGGCUCUGUGGAAACGCAAUGAACUCAAGAAGAAGGCCUCCCUCUUCUGAUUGCCCUCACCCUCUCUUUGACCCAGCCCCAAACACCUGCUUCAGGGCUUUGGACAUAGGAGUUGUGAGAUCCCAAAGUACCUUCUUUCACUGCUGAGUGGGAGCAACCACCUCUUAGGGAAGUGGAGGGAUGGGGUGAAGAAGAGGUAGACACGGUACCCUAGGGCAGAGGGGAAGAAGAUGGGAAAGGCUAAGACCUCUACAGGUCAUGGGCCUAACAACCAGAGACUUUCUCUCACCUGGUGAUGGUUCUAGGUUGACCCUACCUCCUUUCAUCACUCCUACUUUCCCGCCACACAAGGCAGGCCCAGGCUACACCCUGGUACAAAAAGGGUUAAAGUUUGCCCUGGUUGAGGGCCCAGACUCCACUCCUACCCCCCACAUCCAGGUAUCAAAGGCUUAAGACUUACUCAAAUCAGGUACUAAGAAAUGGGCUAACAGAAGGGAGGGUGAGGGAUACAAGAACAGAGAAG